AUGCCUACUUUAACGCUUCGUUACUUUUGCGAUGACUUUGACGAUAACUGCAACAACUCCUCCUGGGAUAGUUGGGGUCGUUGGGUUGCAUUUGGCGUCAUCGUCGCCAUCGCUUUCCUGAUCUUCUUUGCUUUCGCCUGCUUCAACGCUCGUCGUCGCCGUGCUCACGGCCGACAGCCCUACAACGGCACAGCAUGGAUGGCACCACCUCCUGGUCCACCACCACCCAACCAGCCUACAUACCAGCAACCAUACUAUAAUAACGACCCCUACACGCAAUCCCAGCCACCACCACAGUAUUCCGCCAACCCCCAGAACUAUGGUUAUUUUGGUGCCCAAGCACCGCCCCCACACCCCCAGCAAAACGGUAUCGAGUUGCAAGCGCCCCAGAAUUCUUAUCACGCGCCGGGAGCCCGGGACUACGCUCCUCCUACAGGCAUAUUCGACUCCACUCCAUCUCCCGCGUUUUUUCGCGUCACCGCAUCCCACUUCCACAAAGAAACCAUGGAUAUCGACGAUAUUCUUGCAUCUGUCGACCGCGGCGCUGGCGCCAGUCCAGAGUCGUCUGCCAUAGACCACCAACUCCUCACCCGAUUCUGGGUCGCCGAGCGCGCCGUCUCGGAGGUUCUACCAUGGCCCGCACCGCUAAUGGAGCGUAUGAUGGAUAGAGUGCGAAUGCAGAUUGAAACAAUCGAAGACCUCGCCGCCUCCUCCGCAGACACAGACCCAUCCACAAAACACAACACCCACAACCAAAACCUAAACCUCCGCCUCUCAAUUCUCCAAACAGACCUCGCAAGAACCCAAUAUAUCCUCCGCAGUCUCCUCCGCCAACGUCUAGCAAAACUCACAAAACACAGCAUGCACUACCUCGUCCAACUAGCCAGCCGAACAAAGAACCCCUCCUUUUCUCAAUCUCAGUCUCAAUCCCAAUCCCAAUCUCAAACCUCCCAAUCCAUCACACCAGAGGACUCAGUUCCAGACAUCUCAACAAUAACAGACUACACCCCCCUCUCCGAACAAGAAUGUACCUUCGUCCAUGCGCACCAAACGCUACUAGCAGGCCACUACGGCGGCUCGUUCAUGGGCGCAUUCCCGCCGCAGCUGAGGCGCUUGGAUGAUAACGCUGGUGGGACUAGCAUGGUUCAAGGACCUGAAAUGAAGGAGGUGGUUUUCGUGAGGUGUUUGGGUGUUGAGGUUCCCGUUGUUGUGGAGGGGGUUGAGGGGGGUGAGGAUUUGGGGGUUGUUAUGCGGAUGGGGGAUGUUUGGGUUGUGCUUUGGGAGGGGAUUAGGGGGGCUUGGAUGAAAGGGGAGGUUGAGUUACUUUGA